CUCAUUUUUUGCACACCAAGUAUCGGAAGCAUUAUUCGAAACAUGAAAGGUCGGAAGCAUUAUUCAAGACAUGAAAGGUCUGCAUCGCUUAAAAUUUUACGUCGAAUCCAAAGUCAUGAAGUAUCGAAUUGACAAAAAAUCAUGAGGUACAGAAUUCAAGUAAGCCAUCAAUGCAUCGGAGGAAUAAAGUUAUCUGGGAUGCCGAAAGUACUGGCAUCAAAUAUGUUACUAGCAUCGCAUCCUAUGUCAUUAGCGAAUUGUCAUAAUUGUGCGAAAUCAAAAAAUGGCCACAACCAUCACCCAGGUCCGCAACUCGCUAUUUCAUAUAUUCUCUACACUUGCAAAGUACCUUCCGUGUAGCUCAUCGUAGCACUCUCUGGUGGUAAAAUGUCCGCUACACAUCUCUCAUCGAUAGGAUUGGAUGAUUUUGUAGAAUACCUCACCUUCGACCAAUCUCGGUUACUCUACUCAUCGGUGGCAGACGUUUCAGUACGGUAUAUCCCUCUUUCAAUUGUCGGACCGGUAGAUAGUUCUCGUGCGGAACGCACGGGCCCUGCAAACACCCGCUACUCCCACCGCCAGGGCCACGCGGGGACCACGCCUCCGGAGGCAGCUGCCCACGCAACGGCACUUACCGAAACGAGACUACAGUACGGUGGAACUCCCAGGCUAGCCGUAACUGGGACCAAUUCCCCACCACUGUCAGAGCACCGUAUACCGCUAUACCGCUAGAUUUCCAUACCACUAUCACCCCCACCACUAUUCCAAUCUACCACCAGACCA